CAGACCCUGCUUUCCUGAGCCACGCAGAGCUCACCCCCAGGGACCCUUCAGCAGGCGGGGAGGCUGGCAGGGUGCUGCACAUCCCUGGGAGGGGAGCCCUCCACCGGGCUCCCCCGAAAUCCUCCUCCAGGUUCUCCUGUGUGGGGAGCUCUUCUCCCUGGUGCUCUCCCAGCCAAGAGAACUGAGCUGAGCCUGCUCCCCCCAUCCCCGCUGUGGGAAUGACUGCUCCAGGCCCCAGCGAUGGUCUCCCACCCUGGGAGCCACUGUCCAUCAGCCAUGCCCAGAUCUGUACAGCCCUUGGGGCAAAAGGCUGGGCACUCCAGCAGUUCUGUAGGUUGCCUGGAGUGCCCUGGGCCCAUGCGAGCUAGUGCUGGGGAGAUGCUCACAGGGCUCAUAGACCCUUCCUUACACUGGGUUUCAGCCCCUGGUGUGCCAAGGCUGGUGGUUUGCGUAGCCCAGCUUUCUACCUGGUGCCUUGUCCUCUGAGGCCUUGCACAUGACCCAUAGCCAAGGGAAACACAUAGGUGGACGAACAGAGAGUCCGGCUGCCUCACGACCUGCAUGUUCCCUGCUUCUCACGGGACACCAGGCUGGAGAAAGCACAAGCCAAUGUGCUGCAGGGACCAGUCCUGCCCUGGCCUCUAGAGCGAUGGAGCUGACCGCACCUAACAGGCCUCUUCCCUCCCUCGGAAGUCCCCAGGAGCCUUGUUGCAGGGUGGGGGAGGCUCUGCGGUGGGCCGGCACAAGGCAAACUUCUAAAAAGUUUUUCUUUAAUGCAUUGAGAGAAACAAUCUGCAGCACAGCCUGGCCAGGGCCUGCCUGCGGGGGAGGAAGGUGUGUGUUGGGAAUCUGGGACAGGGUGGAACUAGAGAGAGCCUGCCCAGCCAGGGCCCAUGGGAGAGCAAGUGGGGGACUAAGAGAGAACCUGCCUGGCUUGGGGGAGAGGCGCUGGGGGCAAGGUGGGUGAGAGGCCAGUGGGAGGGACUAUCAGAGAGCCUUCCCCGGCUGGUGGGGGGGGCUGGGACCUGCCUGCUCCACCCAUCAGGUUAGCCCCUGCCUUCUGGCACUUCACAUGUGGUGCAGAAACAGGCCAGCAGGGUUGGUGGGUCCCUACCCCUCACACACAGGGAUUGGCCUGACCUGGGGCGCUGGGAUAGCUGUGAAAUGCUAUUGGCAGGAGAGGGCUUGGAGCUGGGUGGGAGGGUCAGUCAUUCCUCUCUCGUAAGCCCAUGGAGGCCAAGAGCAGAGACUCCUCUUAGGAGUGGGAUUGCCAAGCGGACAGGGACUCCCUGUGUUUAUCCCCCACAGACACCCACCGGGCCCAGGACCUCUGUAAGGGCAGCGAGCACCUGGCUGGUCUAUCGGUGCCAUUUGUACAAGUGAAUGCCGAUGGCAUACAGUCUGUCCUGCUGCGGGUCAGCUGGGAGCAGGAUGAAGGCAUCCUUCAUGCCCUUCAUCGUCCUUCAGCAAACCCAGGAGCUCUGCUCCGGUGGGGCCUGGCACCCAGCAGCCUGGGUGUGCAGGCGCCUGGGGAGGAGCCUGGAUAUCAGCUGGAAAAGCUCCAGGUGCCAUAGCCUGCAUGGCUGUUGGCAGCUCUGCAGCAAUCCCUCUGGCUUCCCCCCCUUGUACGCCCUCUGUUAUCAGAUAGCCUUGCUCACCUGUGUGACUGGGAAUGAAAGGCUGUUGGUCAAGUCUCCAGCUCUUCCCCCUGGGGACGCAUGGCUCUGUGCUUUCCCACCAGUGAUGGGCUCCCCAGGACGAGACCACUGUCCAGGCUUUGGGGGCUCUGGUUUCCUGUAGCUUGGGAGAGUCUCCCAGUGUCUCUGGCUGCUGACAUUCUUCGUCCCUCUGACACUGCUUGGUAAUAAGUGCAAGUGCAAAGCCAAAUGCAAGCGGGCCUGAGGCCCCAGGAUAUGGGGCCAAGUCCCUCCAUUGCACUGGCUUUGUACUAAGCUUUGGGAUUUAUUCCAAUAACAGUGCUCAGAAAGGAGCAAACAAACCCUCCAGGGGAGUGUGAGAGCCUGCAUCCUGCCCCGCAGCCACCAUUGGGUGACAGAGGGUCUCUGUGUCCCUGAUGGAGACCUGGGAACCUCCCUCCUCCAGGCCGGUGUUGUGGUCAGCAGCCUUGUGGCUGAGGAGGCCGUAGCUGGUCUCAUCACAAGACCCAUAGUAGCAGGUGGGCUACUGCUGAGUGUAGGGAGGCUGCGCCUGAAGGACCAAAGGCAGAGCGGGGCUCUCUGGCUCCACCCGGUCCCUUGGCUGGGCCCGUCCCAGAGGAAGAGAAUGUCAUCUGGCUGACUGGGGAAGGCAACUCUUCCCCAUUGUAGGGGGCGUGGAUGGAGCAGGGUAGCUGCAUUAGAUCAGGAAAGGGACUGAUAGCCCAGCCCCUCCUCACUAGGGAUGCCAAGAGACAGACCUCUUCCUCUUCGCUGCAGGUCUGGGGAGCAAUGCUGCGUGUCUGACUUGGGCAUGCAGUUGCUGCGAUUGCUUGUGCAAAUGGCUGCCUAUGCACUUUUGCACACCGUUACGCAGUCCAUGUGUCAUGCACCAUCAAGCAGUUGCACGCUCAGCUCUCUGAAAUGUUUGGCCCUGAGAGCCCAGAACCUGAAGCCUGUGUUCAAAUUGUGUGGGGGUUUCCUGGCUGCUGGCAUUUUACACCCUGCAGUGGGGAGCUGUUCCAAGGGCCUAACUUUGAAUGGCCAGCAACAGCGCAGGACAGGUGGGCAUCUGGCUGGGGUAACAGACGCAACUCUGUGCAUGGGGGGCGGGGUGUGUGUGAUGUGUGUUGGGAGGGGAAAUAAUCCUUUCCUCCUGUGUUUGAAAUGCUGUGGGCCAGCCUGGUUCCGGGAUACAGAACCAGUGUCAAGUCAUAGUCUGGCUUUGUGAAAAGUCUUUGGACACUUCUGGGGAGAGGAUGCUUUGAUUUCAAGCACUAGUUCUGAGGAGACCUGAGAUUGGCUGGGAUUCACAUGCAAAAACUGUAGGGAGAGUAGCCAACCACUCUUUCCCCUUGACAGGUCACCUGUGGCGUGGGUUGUGAAGCAGGAGAAACAGUCGCAGAUACAACCAAACACUGAGUGUUACUGCAUGGGUGGCUGGCUGUGAACUGCUCCUGGGUAGUUCAGAGCUGAAGAUGCCAGUGAGCUUCACCACAGCCCUUCAUGUUUUUGGUACCAGCCUCUUCGCCUUGGUGGUGCUGGGAGGCAUUCUUGCAGCCUACAUCACUGGCUACCAGUUCAUCCACACCGAGAAGCACUACCUCUCCUUCGGCCUGUAUGGUGCCAUCCUGGGCCUUCAUCUCUUCAUCCAGAGCCUCUUUGCCUUCCUGGAGCACCGGCACAUGCGGCUCGAGGGGCGGCCCCUGAAGCUGCACCGCUCUGUGGCGCUCUGCAUCGCCGCCUACCAGGAGGACCCUGACUACCUGAAGAAAUGCCUGCGCUCAGUGAAGCGCAUCUCCUUCCCCGACCUCCAGGUGGUGAUGGUGGUGGAUGGCAAUGGCCAGGAUGACACCUACAUGCUGGAGAUCUUCAAUGAGAUCCUGGGCUCUGAGAAAACAGGCUGCUACGUCUGGAAGAGCAACUUCCAUGACAGGGGAGAGGGCGAGACGGAUAGCAGUCUCCAAGAGGGCAUGGGGCACAUCCAGCAGCUGGUGCGGAACAGCACCUACUCCUGCAUCUUGCAGAAGUGGGGGGGGAAGCGCGAGGUGAUGUACACAGCCUUCCAAGCACUCGGGGACUCCGUGGACUACAUCCAGGUGUGUGACUCAGACACGGUCCUGGACCCGGCCUGCACAGUGGAGAUGCUGCGCAUUUUGGAGGAGGAUCCGCAGGUGGGCGCAGUUGGUGGAGAUGUUCAGAUCCUGAACAAGUAUGACUCGUGGAUCUCCUUCCUGAGCAGCGUGCGGUACUGGAUGGCCUUCAACGUGGAGCGGGCCUGCCAGUCCUACUUCGGCUGCGUCCAGUGCAUCAGCGGCCCCCUGGGCAUGUACCGCAACAUCCUCCUGCAGCAGUUCCUGGAGGACUGGUACAAUCAGAAGUUUCUUGGUAGCAAGUGCAGCUUUGGGGAUGACCGACACCUCACCAAUCGUGUCUUGAGCCUUGGGUAUAGGACUAAGUACACCGCCCGCUCCAAGUGCCUGACCGAGACUCCCACCAAAUACCUCCGCUGGCUCAACCAGCAGACUCGCUGGAGCAAGUCCUACUUCAGGGAGUGGCUCUACAACGCCUUAUGGUUCCACAAGCACCAUCUCUGGAUGACCUAUGAGUCCGUGGUGACUGGCUUCUUCCCCUUCUUCCUCAUUGCCACGGUCAUCCAGCUGUUCUACCGUGGCCGCAUCUGGAAUAUCCUCCUCUUCCUCCUGACCGUGCAGCUGGUGGGGAUCAUCAAGGCCACCUACGCCUGCUUCCUCCGGGGCAAUGCAGAGAUGAUCUUUAUGUCCCUCUACUCCCUGCUCUAUAUGUCCAGCCUCCUGCCAGCCAAAAUGUUCGCCAUCGCCACCAUCAACAAGUCGGGCUGGGGCACCUCCGGCCGCAAAACCAUUGUGGUCAACUUCAUCGGCCUCAUCCCCGUUUCUGUGUGGGUCGCUGUCCUGCUGGGAGGCCUGGCCUACACAGCGUACUGCCAGGACCUCUUCAGUGAGACGGACCUGGCCUUCCUCAUCUCUGGUGCCAUCUUGUACGGCUGCUACUGGAUGGCGCUCCUCAUGCUCUACAUGGCCAUCAUUGCCCGGCGCUGUGGGAAGCGGCAGGAGCAGAGCAGUCUAGCUUUUGCCGAGGUGUGACAGGCGGGGGGGCUCUGGAUGAAGUGGGGAAAGUGCAAUGGGAAAGGAUUAGUGCUGCCGCCAUGCAUUGUUCGGGGGCAGCCAGGUGGAGGGCGGGGGAGGAGAUGGGAUUUUAUUUGUGGGUUUUUAAAUUGCUGUCCAAGGAAUGAGUUCCUGGGCUAGUGAGUCUGAAUGCCACCUGAGGAGAAGCUGCCUGUUGUCCAGCAGAGAACGCUCCAGGUAGCCUGGGCCACACACACCCACCCACAGGUGCGGUGACUCCAGUGUUUUGAGGCCCAUUCUACUGUUGGAGGAGUGGGGAAUCCCCUGAGGCAGCUUCCAGCCUCUCCAACAUUUGCGAUGGCUCCUGUGGAGAUUCCUGUCUGCCACCUGCCAGGGCACAAAAUCCUGCUGUGGGAACUGCACUGAGCUCCAUUGGUGGAGAGGCCCUGGGCCAGAGGUGGAAGAGGAGGCAUUGCCUGCAGACUCCAACCUGAGCAAUAAGGCUCCAGGGGAGGCCUGAUCCCCAGGAGCCAGUGAGGGACAGGAGUACUCGCUGAAAUGAAUUCAUACUUUAAAAGAAUCCAAGUUUGCCAACACUCCGUCCUGCCCGGUGGAGCAGGAGCUGUCUAGCUGGACUGGUGGCACAGCUGGUGACGCAGUAAGCUGGCCGCAAUGCGUGCCCCUGGAGCCCGGGGACUUGGUUCCUGCCUGGGGCCCGCAAAAGAGGCCGAGAGGGGCACUGCUUAGCCAGAGCCAGGGCCUGCUCUGAGCUAGGCUCGGUCAGGUCCCUGUGCCUCUAGUGCUGGUCCAUGAGCUCUGGCAGUGGAAACUGGCCCAUGGGAGUCGAGGCUCACAAGGUCCGAGGCAGGCGAAGGCCACGCCCCCCCUCCUCCCCCGCCGCCGGAAGGAGUGCCCCAAAGUCUCUGCAGGCGAAGCUGUGCUUGGCAGGCCAAGAGCACCCGCCCUUGUGCUUUAGAGCCCAGACACUGGAUUCCCUGGCAGUCUGGCAUUCUCCCCAGGCAGGAAAGUGGUCCAUAAAUAUUCAAUUUAUUUAAGAGGGCAGAAAUCUCCCCCCUUCCUCGCCCUCCACUCCCCGCACAGGACUGGCUGCCUGUGGAUUUAAUGCUGUGAACUAUGGAGUGUUCCCUGUGGCUCUCCUUUCUCUUCUGAGGCUUUGUGCCGGGGCGGGGGGGAUCCUAAUGCUAUGGUGCUUUGCUAAGGACACCGCAGUCCUUUCCCUGAUGUGGUGAAGAGAGAUCUCCACCUUGACAUCAUGAGUUUCCAAGGCAGGGGGAAGGAACCUCCCCUGUGAGGGCCCAGAUGGCAGCAGUUGGGCCACCUGAACAUGACCUGGACUGGACAAUUCUUUGCUGUUCUGAAGUGGCUUCCUCAGUCAGGUACCACGUCCGUUUCCCUGAGCCGCUUGAAAACUCCAAUGAUCUUGGCCUCCCGUAGGGAUCUGCUGCGUGGCUGAGUGCUCUUCCAUGGCUCCUUCUGGCCCAAAGCCCUGGGCCUGAGUGGCAGUGUGAGCUCACGGCGGGGAUGGUGAUAUGAACGGCUGCUCCUCUGUCCCUUCUGCCCGCUGUGCCGCUGACCCCCAGGCAACUCUUCUGUCCCAUUCCAGGCGUCCCAGUGGGGCUGUGCCCUGGGUCUCUGCAAGGGGGCAGUGGUGCACGCUCCACCCAGCCCACGCCCUGGCGUGUCUGCUCCUCAAAGGCUGAGGCAGCAUGGCUCCAGCUUUAGCCUUUGCUGUGCUCAGAGCAACGUCCGUACGACUGAUACACCAGCAGUGACCCUCCCCAGCCUGCUGCUGGGGCCCUGUGUGUGAAGUGCCACGCACAGCUCGUGUCCUACGGUGCCAAAGCCCGCGGUAGGGUCACCUGGGGCCUCUCUUGGGCUGCCUGCCUCUGCCCCCCAUUCAGUGUUACUCAGCACUUACGGGUGACCCGUGGGCCAGACUGUGCCAGCAGCUGAGGGCGAAGGCAGAAAGGUGAGCGGCUGCACUAAGGUUACAUGGCUGUGAGCUUUUCCCCUGGGCCCGCUGUACAAGGGGGAGCAUCUUUGCAAUGGAGCUAGGCCAAGGCUGGCUGCCUCGGCUGGCGAUAGGAAUGGGGAGGGGGCAGCAUAAAGAUGGAGUUAGAAGGUGCUUAUUACUUAGCCUCUCAGUGCUUCCCCUCCUCCCUGCUCGCCAGGUCAGGGCUCCUGGUUGUGUUGAGGGAGGCACUAGGACCACGCAGGAGGGCCAGGUCCCCUCUCUUCCAGGCCUGGCACUCCUGCUCCAUCCCCGUCACGUAAAGGUGACGUCACGUAAAGGUGAGGGAACGCCAUCCUUAGGGCGGCUCAGUACGGCCCUGCCCUGCCGUCACUGCUUUCAUGUGUCCGCACACAACUAGACACAUGGUCUGUGCCCUGGGAGCCUGGGCACUAUUCCUGGCUCUGCCACCAGUGCAGGCAAACUUGGGCAAGUCUCUUCCCCAGCUGUAAGGGGGAUGGGGGUAUGUGGGCACCUAGGGAGACGGGUGCUCUCCCAGGGCAGUUAAUUAGGUGCUCUGUCUAUUCCAGGGGUUAGCACCGUUUGGUAUCUUCACUGUGGGCCCCACUGCUAAGCUAGCCUCCGCCAAGAGCCUCAGUCAGAAUCCCUGCCCCCACUAGCGUCUGCCGCUGGUUGUGGUUUUAGCCCCACAUCCUCUCUGGUGCCCAGCCCUGAGCUGUUGCUCUAGCACCCGUGUGAGGAUAACUUGCCAGACAAAGAACCAAAGCGCUGCUCUGCGUAAGGGCAUCUGUGCCCAGUACAGCUCGGUGGGAGGGGCAGCGUGGAGAGGCAAAGGGAUGCUCAGGGAGGCCUGGAGCAAGCAGAGCCAGAGCAGGAAUGUAGCAAGUAAAAGAGUUUGCCCCUGUUGUGCUGGCUGAGGAGCCUCAUGCAGGGACUCUGCAAUGCCAGGGGAGGCUGAAGUAGAAGGAAAGCAGGGCCUAGAGUUUUGGGAACAGCCACCCAGUCUGUGCAGAAGGGAGUUUGGGAGGGCCCCUUCUGCUGAAGAAACACCACAAAAGCCCCUUAACCCCCUCUCCAGCUUCCACUCUCUGGCCCCCAGUGGGUGUUGGUAGGGUUUGAGGUUUGCCCCAUGGGAGAGCAGCAGCGAAUUCUGCCUCCUUUGCCAAAGAACAGAAGGGCAGUGAGAGGCCACAGUCAGCAGCAGCCUGCCAAAGAAUGGCUGCUGGCAGCUUCUUUGCCUACCCUCUACUCUGCCUGAGGAGUGCUCAAGUGGCUUUUUCCAGGGCCUGCAAGGGUGGCUGUAGCCAAAAAACGUAUUUCACACUGUGUCCUUGUGAGCUGGAUGCUGCAUCAGUCCUCCAGGACAGAGCCUCUGCCAUAAGGACCCCAGCCCCCAAGCCAGUUAGUACCUCUGCUGAGUAAUGCAAGGUGCUGUGCUGGGCACAAAGCUGGGUGCCAACUGCCCUUGCAGGGGACCCAGCACCAUGGAAUAGUUUUGCAUGUUGGCUCAAGUCCCUGUGCUGCUCCUGAGCCAGGUUUAGUGGGCUGGGGGUUCCCCCAGUCUCAGGAGCUGCAGGGGAGAGGUUCCAGUGCCUGGGGGAGGAGCUAGCUUCUAACCACCCCCAUCGCAUACAAGAGGGACAGGAGUCUGAGCUGAGAACACAUCCCCUACCCUGCCCCGCAUUCACGGUUGGUGUGCCACGGCAAAGCUCUUACUCUAGCUGUGGGCAGCGCAUCCAGCCUGCAAGCUGCUGCUGUAGAAGCUUGUUGGCUGUAUGGUUCCUUGUGCCUGAGAGGAUGCUCAGCUGGGUCCCAGGGACCGUUAACGAGAGUACCUAACAAGGCACCAGCAGAGACUAACCUGCCAUGGCACCAGGCUGCUAAUGGCAAGGCAAAUGCUGAGGGCUGGGAUUCCAGCAGCUGGCCAGGCUGCUUGUCUGACACAGACCACAGGUGUGGGCAGUUACCUCAGGAAAGUGGAUGCCCCCAGCUCCCAAUACUGUAAUCAGCAGAACACUGCUUGCUUUGAACCCCUCCUGAGCUAAUCAUGGCUGCUUUGCUUUUGUGUUGGGUCCAGUCAGCUCUGCUCCCAGACUUCUGUGCUUUCUUCUGAGGGAGGGCCCCUAGCGAUUGUACUCUAUGGGCUUCUGGAACAGGUGCCUCUCCCCGCAUGUCACUACAGCCUCCCCUCAUCUCAAGUGCUAGCGGGGGAGAGCCUGGCCUCCCUUGGCAUAGGUGGAGGCCUGAGCAGGGACCUGGCUUUGGAUCUAGACUACAGGAUAUGCUCCCUUCUGGGCCUGGGAGAGCAGCUUCCACCCCUGCCGCUUCCAGCAGUGUCCCCACAUUCCUUGUGUGUAGCCUGGCUCCUGGCUGCACCACAGCUGUCUCCCUGGCCCUCUUUUCAGGGCAAAAACCUUACUCCAGGUGAGUGUUUGGGGGGGUUUAUUUAAUACAGGGUUUUUAGGAGACUUUUUUAGCUCUUUGAUAUUUACACUUAUUGCUACCAUUGUUUGUAAAUCUAUUUAUUUUUUACUGGCAUUUUUUCAUUUUUUUUAAAAGGGCUGUUUUUAUAUCACAAUGGAUUUGUCACAA